AACAGAAUUUUGUUUGUGUGUAUAAAUAUUGCGAAAAUAGGUUAUGUCUGUUUUGAAUUUGGAUUUAGCAAAAUUUUAUUUCUUCUCGUUUUUAUAAAACGUAUGCCGUUUUUUCGUAAAGUCGUGGUGGCAGUAUCUGGGGGUGUAGAUAGUGCCGUAGCUUCUUUACUUCUGAAAAAUAAAGGCUUCAAUGUGCAGGGGGUGUUUAUGAGAAACUGGGAUGAAGUAGAAGAACAUGGUGCUUGUUCCGUUACUCAAGAUCUUAAAGAUGCUGAGUGGGUCUGCUGUAAAAUAGGAAUACCAUUUCAUUAUGUGAGCUUUGUGAAAGAAUACUGGAUUGAAGUGUUCAGUGCUUUUUUGGAAGAUUACCGAUCUGGUCAGACACCAAAUCCUGAUAUUUUAUGCAAUCGUGUGAUAAAGUUUGCAAGCUUUUAUAAGUAUGCAGUUACUACACUAAAAGCGGAUGCGAUAGCUACUGGACACUAUGCAUGCACAUCAUUUGGGGACUAUUUGCAGUAUCACAAUCCAGAGAAAGGUUGCAGGUUACUUAAAGCAAGAGACAGUUUCAAAGAUCAGACAUUUUUCCUUAGUCAAGUGCCUCAGAUUUCUCUUCAAAACACCAUGUUUCCUUUGGGUAAUUUGUUAAAAAGAGAAGUUAAGUCAAUUGCCAAGAAGUAUGGCUUGGAUCAGAUUGCAGAGAAGAAAGAAAGCACAGGAAUUUGUUUUAUUGGGCUUCGAAAUUUCAAAGAUUUUAUUUCGGAAUAUGUGGAUCCAAACCCAGGCAACCUGGUGGAUAUUGACUCUGGUAAAGUAGUAGGGUCGCACAGUGGAAUACACCACUGGACUAUAGGCCAGCGCUGCAAGUUGUCUGGCAUCCCAAAGCCAUACUUCGUUGCGAAGAAGGACUCAAAGUCACAUGAUAUUUUUGUGGCUGUUGGUACAGAACAUCCAUCACUGUACACACAGUAUGUCUUUGUGGAGGCUCCACACUGGAUUCAUUCCACACCAGACGAGCUAGAGGAACAUGGAAUACUGGAAUGCUGGUUUCGAUUCCAGCACACGAAACCUUUAAACAAAUGCUGUCUGGUGAAGAUCUCGCAGCAAGAGCUGUUGGUGCAUCUGUCAGUGCCACUGAGAGCUAUCACACCAGGACAGGUGAAGCAGUCUUAAUUUCAAUGUUUUAUGUGUAGUUUUAUAGUACAGAUUUCAAAUAAUACAUGAAAAUAAUAAACUUAACGACCAUGAGAGUAAGUUGUAUGUAUAUGUUUACGUUGAUAUUGAAGUUCCUUUGUGGGAAUAAAUACAGUUCAUCCAAUGAAUUGCUAAAUAAUAUUCCAUAUUAUUCAAAUGACGUAAUGAAUCCAACCUCAAUGAUGAUGAAUUCACUAGUGUUUUUAUUGUGUUAGUAAUGUUGUUGUUGUUAGUGAACCAUGACCGCCGCAAGCACUUAUUUGUUGAGGGGGACAAUCAUUACUUUUUCAUUUAAGUGUUUCAAGCCUAAAACCAUUUUUUUUGUUAAUUUUUUUGUCAAAGUAUGGCCUAAAGAUGAAGUAUUACUUUCAAAAGAUUCAGCUAACAACAAAAAUUGCUUAAAGCAUGUCUCCUGUCUUAUAUUUAAGAGAGUACAUAAUUGUAAUACUAAAUAAAAAAAUAUUUUUCAUUUCAAAAAAAUGUAAGGAAAGGAAAUGGUAAAUAUGUAGGGUAGUGGCUUAUGGGAAGUAAAAAAAAAUAGUUACUGAAGUAAAGUUGGUUAGGUUAAUACAGCUACAGUAGUAACAUGAAAAAUCUUUGUUAAAAUAUUUAACUUCUCAGAAAAAAAAAUGUGUAUUUGUGCAGCAAACAUAACCUAACCAACCAUUUACUUAAGUUAUAUUUAUGUUAUUUCCCAGAAGCCAUUACUCAACAUAUUGAUCCAGUAAAUUUUUGCAAAUGACGAAAUACAACAAAAUCUAAAUCACUUCAUAGAAAAAUUUAAAUUUUAAAAGAAAAGGUAAAUCGUGCCAGCAUGAGCUCACUUUAAACCCUAUUUAUUCAUCAGUUUUCCUUGUUAACAGCAGCCAGAUGGGUGAACUGCAUUUUCUACCAAUUUCCUCUGGAAUCAAAAUUUAAGUGUGAUUAUUUGGAAUAUGAAUCACAUUAUCUGUUGUGUCAUAGAUAAAUACAGCAAGUAAGCUGUUAUUGUGUCGCAUUGUGGUAGAACAAUUGUGGCUUUCGAGUUAUAGACCCUUGCAGUUAUCGCUUUAAUUUCUUUUAGUGGCAUCGCUAAGGAGUGUCUGUGUUGUCUGUUGUAGUCCAUGAUCGUAGACGUUUAUUUGUUUAUUUAUUUAUUCAGAAUGCUGUAACCAGAGCCGUUAAGAGAAAUUAAGGGCCUGGGGGCAAAUAAUUGUGUCAGUCCCCUUCCCUAUUACUUUAUACUACACAACUCUUCAAACCCCUCAUUAUUUAAAAUAUUCAAAAGACUACACUCCUUUAACCUCCUUCCCACCUUCCGCUGGCAACAUGCCCAAAUAAAAUCAACAAGUGCCAGCUGGGAGACAAUUUAAAUUUAGUUGGUUUU